AUGCUUGAGUAACACACAAACUCUGAACACGUUCUACUGGGCACCAAAAUGGUCUUGCCUUUGAACGCAUCUGGACCUGGCAACGGAUCUGUGCAGCCAGCCUCGGGGGAAGGGAACACGCUGCACUGGGCAGCUCUGCUCAUCCUGACGGUCAUCAUACCCACCAUCGGAGGGAAUAUUCUCGUCAUACUGGCUGUGUCCUUGGAGAAGAAGUUGCAAUAUGCCACCAAUUACUUCCUCAUGUCCCUGGCAGUGGCCGACUUGCUGGUUGGAUUGUUUGUGAUGCCAAUAGCCCUUCUUACUAUACUGUUUGAGAUCGCAUGGCCUCUUCCACGGGAUUUAUGCCCCGUCUGGCUCUUUCUAGACGUCCUCUUCUCCACCGCAUCCAUCAUGCAUCUUUGUGCCAUCUCACUGGACCGUUACAUUGCCAUAAAGAAGCCCAUCCAAGCCAGUCAGUACAACUCUCGGGCUACGACACUCAUCAAAAUAACGGUUGUGUGGCUAAUCUCAAUAGGUAUUGCGAUUCCAAUCCCAAUCCGUGGCAUAGAAGAAGGAGGUGAAAACCUUCCGAAUUUCACCUGUGUGCUGAAGCCGGAACGCUUCGGAGACUUUAUCCUAUAUGGCUCAGUAGCAGCCUUCUUUGUCCCACUGGCCAUCAUGGUGGUCACUUACUUUCUCACCAUCCGAGUUCUGCACAAGAAGGCCUACUUGAUCAACAAACCGCCUCCGCGUUUGACCUGGGGUUCCGUGUCCACGGUAUUUCAGCGGGACGUGACAUCGGGAUCAUCGCCGGAGAAGGUAGCCAUGCUGGACAGCGCUAGGAAGGACAAGCCGUUGCCAAAUGGGAGUCAAGAGCAACCCAUGCGCAGGGUGUCCACAGUUGGAAAGAAGUCGAUGCAGACGAUCACUAACGAACAACGCGCUUCCAAAGUCUUGGGGAUUGUGUUCUUCCUCUUCUUGCUGAUGUGGUGCCCAUUUUUCAUAACCAAUAUCACUUCUGUUCUCUGCAAAUCCUGCAGUGAGGAAUUUAUCCAAACUCUUAUGGAGAUAUUUGUUUGGAUAGGCUACGUGUCCUCAGGGGUAAAUCCACUGGUCUAUACCCUGUUCAAUAAGACAUUCAGGGAAGCGUUUGGAAGGUACAUGACUUGCAAUUAUCAGGCCUCAACUCCUGGGAAUGCCCUUCGGAAAUGCUCCAGCAGGCUCUCAUUCAGACAUUCCAUGGCAGAGAACUCGAAGAUUUUUAUGAUGAAUCAUGGAAUGCGGAAUGGGAUUAACCCAGUAAUGUACCAAAGUCAUAGAAUUUGCAGUUCACCUAUCCAAUCCUCAUCGGCGAUUCUACUGGAUACUCUACUACUUACAGAGAAUGAAGCCGACAAAACAGAAGAACAGGUCAGCUAUGUGUAGCUGAAUGAA